AUGCCAGCUCAGCUUGAUACACGUGGAUAUGCAGGACCACAAGACAAAGAAUACCCGUUUUGCUUGUCCGCUAAAGCAAUGGCAGAAGAGCCGUUACGCCUGAACCAAAGCAGGCUACAAGACAAGCUUGGAGGCUACUGCAGAGGAGCGUGUAGAGGAGAGGAACCGAGAAGGAUCCAGAAGGAGACUAGGUUAAAAUCUCUUGCUCUAUUUAAGUUGAGCAUUGUAGAGAGAGAAAAGUUAAGAAACACAGAGGCACUUAAUCGAGAGUAAACUUGUAUUGGGUGUUCUUGGGGAAACAGAGAGUGAAAGAGAGUGAAUCUUAGUUAGCUUUGUAAGGGGCUGAGAGGGUGAGAAAUCUCUUUGUAAAUCUCUAAAGGUUGAUAUAGUGGAUUCCGGGAGAGAGUUCCCGGCCCAGACGUAGCACCGUUGGUGUGAACUGGGUUACCAUUGUGUGUGUGUUCUGUUCUGCAUUUCUCAUUACAAAGGUUCUGUUUUUGGUUCUAAGUCGAAGUUGGUUCUAAAGCUGAAACGUUCUUGGUUUGUGGUGUGUUAAUCUUCACAAAAUAUAUAACUUCAAACUUUAAAAGAAGGAAAAAAAAAUCGGUGAAAUUUAUUUGAAAAAGCAAUUUGGAAUAGGUCGAACAGAAUGUUAUAAAAGCUCGUUGUUGACAUAUAUAUAAUUCGUACGAAUGUACUUCGCUGACUUUACUUCUACUUACAUCAUACAGAAUACGAAUCCUUUUGAUAAAAGUUAUUAGUCGUGUUGAUUUCGAAAUCGCACAACCACUGUUAUUAUACAAUCACUAAUCCAAAAC